AUGGACCCAUUUAUCAUUACUGCGGUGGAUUGUAAUGUGAAACAUGAAGUAAUGGCCAUGAACGGGGAUGGUGGGCGACACCCGGAUCACGAAACCACAGCGAUGACUUUCCCGACCAAUGUCAAAUACGUGUUCGAAGACGAUGAGGACUUGAGUGUGGACCACGAAGACGAAGAGAUCGGAAACGUAGUGGUGGUGGAAACGAAUGCAAACCUGGAAGUGACACACGUAGAGCUUAUCAGCGACCGAUUCAAACAGCUGAGCUGGGAGACCGCACAAGACGACAAUCAGGAAUUGCACAUGCGUGUGAUCUCCAGGUUUGAGCCCCUGCUAGAAGCAGAUGAUUUGCCCUUGGAAAAAUUGAUGGAAAUUUACCAAAAGCGCAAUGAGCAACUAAAUAAUCUCUUUAAUACCCUGUCGACUACGUAA